AUGCAAACCAUAGUGCAAGAUACACGCUCAUUUCGAAUGUCGGUCAGAAAUGGUUGGCGUUAUCGAUGUGCUGAUACAACUUGUUUACCAUUCAGAUCUGUCAUUACACCGAACAUUCGCAAAUGUGAAACAAUUUGUUUAGCGCAAAUUCAGUGUGAGGCAGCGAGUUUUCAUCCGUUAACUUUGAAUUGUGAAUUGUUUGCGAAUGUAUCCGAUGAAAAUGGAAACGUAUUAGUUGACAUGAACACUGUAACUAUGAUUGUCAUUGCUGGAACCCGUUUACCACUGGAACCAACUACCAGCACUACCACUACGUCAACUACCAGCACUACCACUACGUCAACUACCAGCACUACCAUCACUUCCAGCACAUCCACUACUAGUGUUACGACGACGACGACUAGUAAGGGAAAGUGA